AUGGGGGACGGGGCUCGGACUUUGAUGACCCAGUCACCGAGUCAGGCGCAGUCCCAAAGUCCUGAAAGUCCGUCUCCAGUCACUGCAGACUCGUGCCUGCAACCGGCGCUUAAGCCUCCGGAAGCUAGGCUGCGCGCGUCCUGCACGGUCCCGCCGCAAAGAGUAAACAGUAGCACCAAACUGUCUUCAGGAACAAACCAGCAUCUCAGACAUGUCGAAAAAGAUGUUUUGAUCCCUAAAAUAAUGAGAGAAAAGGCCAAAGAGAGGUGUUCUGAACAAGUUCAAGAAAACUACUAUAACCUAUGAACAAAAUAGGAAAAAUAACUACCCGAAAGCAUGGGAGAGUAAACAAAAGCAGACAGAAAAUAGAGGGAAGUCAAACAAUGAAGGAAGGAAAUAGCACUGGGUGAGUCUCUGCCAGGUAGGGUGGCUGAAACUCUUGACAAACAAAAUCCCUCAGUCUUGUUGGUCUGAACCAAGGACAGGGUUUGGUGUAACUGCAGGCCUUGGAAAGUGUGUGUGCAUGCAUACUCAAAGUAAAUUAAAUUGCCUGCUUAAAUGAAAAAGAAAAAAAUUAUUCAGAAAAGACAGAACCCAUACUUUCUACUCACAACAUUUGCAGUAGAAUGCAAAAUUAUUCAGUGUACACAGAAACAAGAAGAUAUGAACCAUUCUGAAAAGAAAUCAAUGGGCUAACUUCAAGAUAACUCAUAUGUUGCUAUGAGCAGACAAGAAUCUUAAAGCAGCUGUUGUAGUUGCUUAAAAACAUAAGGGAAAAUAUGUUUGCAAUGAAUAAAAAUAGGAAAUCUUAACAGAAUUUGAAGCAAUAAAAAAGACCCAAAUGGAAAUUCUAAAACUGAAAAAAAAAUAUCUGACAUAAAACUUUUAGGAUGGAAAUGAAUAGGAAUCAUAACCUAAAAAUAGAUCAAGGAAAUACCUAAACAGAGAGGGGGAAAAAAAGAUUUAAAAAAAUGAGCAAAACCUUACGGACUUUUAGGACAAUAACAUAAGGACAACAACCUUCAUGUAAUUGGAAUGGCAUACUUGCCAGAAUGGCUACAAUUAAGAACACUAACAACAUUCACAAAACACACAUCUGCCCAGUGACCUAGCAACUCUUUCCAGGAGAAAUGAAACUAAUGUACACAAAAAAGGCCUGUAUACUAAUAUUUAUAGUAGUGUAUCUAUCAGUAGCCCAAAAUUGAAAAUAGGCCAGAUUCCUCUCAAAAAGAGAAGGGAUAGGACUAAUUAUGGUGUACUUGUACAAUGGGCAAUAAAAUGGAACAAACUACUGUUCUGUACAACAGUUGAGAUGAAUUUCAAAACUAUUAUGCUUAGUGAAAUAUAAGUGAAAAAAGCAUAUACUCUUUUAAUAUUAUGUUCUAGAACAGGCAACAUUAUAUAGUGUUUCAGAAUAGACAAAACUAAUAUGAACAACAGUUGCACUACGUGGGAGUGGGACAAGUAUUGAUUGAAAAAGGAUAUUAAAGGAAGUUUCUGGAGUGAUUUUAAUAUUCUGUAGUUUUCGGUGGUUUGUAUUGCACAAAGGUAUACUUUUGUUUCAUUGAAUGGUAUAUAUUAAUACUCGUUUAUUUCAUUUUAGAUCAAUGUUAUCUAAUUAGAAAAAUGUAGACAAAUAUUGAACUCUUAUCACAUGCAUGAUGAAGUAUUUGUGGGUAAGAAAACAUAUGUAAUGUAUAGUGUUGACAAGAUUUUGGAAAAGCAGGUAUUUACACUGCUGGCCAGGAAUAACAGCAUGAAAGGAGCUUGUAUUUUAAAAAAUUCACAAAAAUUCAUCAAUGUGGCUACUGUCUUACUUAGCAAUUCUACCAUUAGGAUUUUAUCUUAAGGAAAUGAUCAGAGAUGUACAAUAAAAUACGCAUAAGGAUGUUCAACAUAGCAUCAUAUAUAAUAUGGAAUAUUGCCAAAAAUGUAGUUGUCAGCAGAGUCUGAUUGCUUAUAUAAAUUACGGUACAGCCAUAGGAUAUAAGAUACAUUUGUAGUCACAGUAAGUGUGUUGAUCAGUGUGAGAAACUGGUUAACAAUAUAUUGUAUUUAUUCAACAGUUGGCAAGCUGCAGCCUGAUGCCCAAAUUUGGUCCACCACCGAUCUCUAUAAACAAAGUCGUUUUGGAACACAGCCAUGCUCAUUUACUUAUGUAUUGCCUAUAGCUGCUUUCACACUACAGCAGUAGAGUUGGGUAGUUGCAACAGAGACCAUAUGGCCUACAAAGCCUAGAAUGUUUACUCUUUGACUCUUUACCGAAAACAUUUCCUGACUCCUGGUUUAAUCAAAUUAAAUUCUAGAAACACAGGAAAGGCUUGGCUAAAUUAACUAAUUCCGUAAAUUUAUGAAUACUUACCAUGUAUCCAGCCCUGCACAUAAGCUGUCUACAUAAAUGUGACUGAAACAGAUUCAGUCUGCAUUCUUAUUGAGUUUAAUUAUGGCAGGGGAGAUAGUUAUCAAAUAAAUAUUCAAAUUAAAGUUGAUUCUGUAAAGGAAGAGUGCAGUGAGGAAGUGUUAACAGGUAUUAUUUCUAAGUGUUGGUAAUAUUGGCAAUUUUAAAACUUGAUUCCUUUUCUGAGUUUUUUCUAGGAUUUAAAUAUAUUUCAUUGGAAAAAGAAUGAGGAUUGAGUAGAUAACUAGACAUUGCUUCAGUAAUUUUUAAAACUUUCUGAUAUUGCUCUGAAUGCACAGAAUUAAGUUUAAUUUACAGAAUUAAGUUUAAUAUCAUGUCUGUUAAAUAUUAUUGGAUGCCUAUCACAUGUUCAAUACUGUGAGAAGUGCUAUAGAUACAGAGUCGAAGUCUGAGCUUUUGAGUACCAGGCACAGAAAAUAGAAUUACACCAUAUAAAACAAUUUAUAAUAAAAUACCUAUAUGUUACUUUAGAAAAAAAUAAGCCAGUGAAUUCUGAUUUAGGCAGGUGAGACUUAAUGAAGUAUGUGGGUUAUCAACUGGACCUUGAAGUACGGCUAAUUAUUUGGCUGAGUAUAGGGAAACUGGAAAAACAUUUCAGACCAGAGACCCAGGAUUUAAGGCACAGAGGUGAGAAUGGGCAUGUUUGUUGAUACAGCAGCAAAGAGAUUGAUCUUAGGAGACCAGUGGUGCAGUAGGAGAUUAAUGAUGUAGAUAAAGACUGAGAGUCAAGGCUGAUAUUGGAGUGUCUUAAAAGUUUGAAACUGAAGUUUAGAUUUGAUUUCUGGUUAAAAAAAAAAAUCAGAAGAAUUUGAAAUCUGUUCUUUCUACCUCCCUUUAUUCCUUUUUUUCCUCUUUCUCUUCUGUCUUUCUAUUUCCCUUCGUAGGAAAAUAACUUCAUACAAAUAAAAUUGAAAGAUUAAUUUUACCACCAAUACAAAACAAAUUACAAGUUUACUUUCUAAAUUUUGGCUUUCUGCAUUCUUUUAAAACUAGAAGCUGUUUUCCAUUAACAGUGACAGACAGCAGUGUAACCAUGUGUGUUUGCUAGAACUAAAGAGAUGUCCCUGUCUCAGAUUGCUGUAGCAUAACCCCUGGCAUUUAUUUAGAGUGAGGCUGUUGUAAGAGAAUGAGCAUUAACUGCAAUGUGGUCCUACAGAGAUAACUGAACAGUCUUUUUGUUAUUGUUGUUCUUACAGGUGUCCUAAGGCAUUAUUCCUUACCUUCUCUGGAGAAAUUGAUUCACCAGAUUUGUCAGAUUUUUAAAUGUAACAUUUUGUUUUAUUUGAAGUCCUCAAAGCUAAAGAAAUACGUUCUGUGCUCCAAGAAUGGCUAAAUAGCUAAACACAGUUUAAUCUUUUAAUUUAAUGGCUACUGACUUGUGCUUACAUAAUCUGAAAGUUCACAUUGUCAGGCUGCUUUUUUCCUUCUAAUCAACACCAGUAAUUUUACUCUACCUUCUAAUUUAUUACCUGUGUCAUUACCUUUAAAAUGCAUGCACGAAUGAUCUGUUUACAUUUAACUUUUUCAUCCCUUUGAUUCUUCAUCAUAACCUUAAAACUUUGGUUUUAAUGACAACCAAAUUCAAACCAGAACAAAUUUAACUCUAAGUUCAUAUUAUUAGAUAUCUUUCCUUAUUUCAGCUAUCUCUACCAGCAGAGCUUAAGAAAAUCCGAUUUGACUUGACUAGACUUACUAGGACACAUCUUUCUGUAAGAUUUCCAGGUCAUCACACACAGCUCAGCUUCUUUUUGACUUUCUGAACUUUGCCAUGUAUUUAUUGCAAAGCAUUUCUGUAGUUCAACCCUGUACUCAUACCUUCCUAGUCAGUGACAUUGCCAAAGAACCAAGUCUUGCAUAGAAUUAAAGUGAUGGGCAGAAUCUUUAUGAUAUUUUUCAAAGUGCUUUAUGUAAACUAUUAGGUAAUUGACUAGCUUUAUGUCAAACCAUGGGUAAAUAUCAAGCACAUGAUUAGAAACCAGUUCUUGGCCAGGCGUGGUGGCUCACGCCUGUAAUCCCAGCACUUUGGUGGGCCGAGGUAGGCAGAUUACUUGAGGUCAGGAGUUCAAGACCAGCCUGGCCAACAUGGCGAAACCCCAUCUCUACUAAAAAUAAAAAUAAAAAAAUUAGGUGGGUGUCAUGGCGCAUGCCUGUAAUCCCAGCUACUCAGGAGGCUGAGGCAAGAGAAUCGCUUGAAUGCAGGAAGCAGAGGUUGUGGUGAGCCGAGAUUGCGCCAUUGCAUUCCAGCCUGGGCAGCAGAGAGAGACUCCAUCUCGACAACAACAACAAAAAAAAAAAAAAAAAAAAAAAGAAGAAACCAAUUCUCUGCAGUAAUGUAUUCUUGCUUUUAUAGUUGUCUUUUUAAGCCUGUUGGGUCUUUGAGCAUUUUAUAUGGUGAUUUCAUUUCCAUUCUGACUGACUUUUCCAGGCAGAUGAUAUCCGUUUAUGGUGGCGGAAUACCCUGGCUUUAUUGACUCAGUAGGAACAGUUAUAUUCCAUCUCAGUACAGAUUACUGCAAUUACAGUGUCUGCUUAUGUCUUGUCACUCACCUACACAGACUGAACUAGACCAUCCUAGGAGAAAAGUCAAAGCUAUAUUUGGAAAUUUGAAACCCUCUUUAAAAGCAGCUAGACGUUCAUUGAAUCCUAGAUUAUGUCAGUACAGUGUACAAAUUUAAAUUUAGGAUAUGUUGCAUUUUAUUUUUUUCCUGGUAUAUCUCCCAUAGAUAUAUUUUAUGCCCAGAUCGCAAAAUUUGAACUUUUGGAAAUUAGAAUAUCUGAUCUUAUUGAAGAUUUGACUAAGUGUACUUUGUGAUGCAUUAGUGUGAAAAAUCUUAAUUGUUCCUUUCCCUCUCAUUUUGGCUUCAGAAGAUCAUCUGCGGUUGACUUAUUUAUUGUUGAGCUUAUUGAGGAGCUCUUUCAUUUCAUUAGUACCCAGUGAUUUUCAGAGUAGACCUAAAUAGGUCUACUAUUUACUGCCUCAGUGAUUAACGCUUCAUGCAACUUCUUUUGUGUUAUCUUUUUCUUUCGUAUCUUCCCUGGUGAAGUCUGUUUAGAUGAUGAGAUUCAAAUUGUCGUAUUCUUAGAGUAGAACCUUUACUUUGCGUGUAUAAUUGAAGUGUGUUGGAUCCUCAUCUCUCACACGUAGGCUAAAUCAGUGGUCCUCAAACGUUCAUUGUACUUCAGAAUUAUCUAGGAAUUAAAACAAAAUAAUAGUGCACAUGUUUCUCUCCACAAAGAGAGAUAAUUGCAUUUUUUUUUCCAAAGCUUUCAAGGUGAUUUGAAUGUGCAUCCAAGUUUGAGAAAUAAUGGAUUAGCCAGGCCGGGCGCGGUGGCUCACGCUUGUAAUCCCAGCACUUUGGGAGGCCGAGGCGGGCGGAUCACGAGGUCAGGAGAUCGAGACCACAGUGAAACCCGUCUCUACUAAAAAUAUAAAAAAUUAGCCGGGCGUGGUGGCGGGCGCCUGUAGUCCCAGCUACUCGGAGAGGCUGAGGCAGGAGAAUGGCGUGAACCCGGGAGGCGGAGCUUGCAGUGAGCCGAGAUCGCGCCACUGAACUCCAGCCUGGGCGACAGAGCGAGACUCUGUCUCAAAAAAAAAAAAAAAAAAAAAAAAAAUGGAUUAGCCAAAGGAACAGAAUUUCUCCUUAAAGCAGCCCAUAGCAACAAGCCAUAUAGAUUUUGCUCAUUUGUAUAUCUUAAAGUUACAUAAUUUAUUAUCUAAAGCACUCUUCUAUAUAAGCCAUAAGUUUUUGGCUGUUUUUGUUGUUUGAUUUGUGUGUAUAUGUGUGUUUGCUAUUUCUUGACCUUUACUUCCCUUACUUCCGUCUUGGAGGUUAAACGCCAAAUUAUCUAGGCUAGGUUUCAGGUUCUUUUCCAGUAGGCCAAGGAUUCUUAGCAAACUCUUACGAAAUAAGAAAGUAUGCUCUGGCAGCCUUAAACCUUGACCUCUUUUGUAUCCUGUCAAUUAUAUGGCUGCUUCCUUUACUAACCCUGUUGCACACAAACUUCACCUUCUUUAGCAGCUUCUUCCUACUCUGUGUUCCAUCAGUGCAUUCUUUGAUGUUUCAGUUUUCAUAUAUGGAUUCUAAUCCAAAUGAGCAGAAAUUGCUUUGUGAUCAUUGAGAUUCCUAAGUACUUAGGAUGUAAUGCUAAUAAUUAAUUGAUGAAUUAGUGAAGAAAAUAAUUUUGACAUGGAGAAAGAGUCUUUAACCAGCAUGUGCGUGUAUUCUCUGUCCUCACCAAGAUGAUGGUUUUGUUGCUGAGCACAGUAGCUAAGGAGGUACUGGUGACCUGCUCUGCUGGGGAGGAAGGACUUAUGUGGUGACACACAAUACAUAUUUACCUUCAAAAGCUGUUUAUGGGUGGAAUUAUAAUUUUGUUCCAGUUAGUGAAUACAUAUUGUAGAAAAUAUAUACAGAUAAAGAGAGUUGAUUAUGUAAAAGUCUUAUUUGGGUUUAAAAAAAAAAACAUGACUUUCUGUCAAAUAUCACAUGUUCUCACUUAUAAGUGGAAGCUAAGUAAUGUGUACGUAAGGGUACAGGGAGUGGAAUAAUAGACAUUGAAGACCAGGAAAGAUGGGAGGGCAGGAAGUGGGUAAGGGAUGAGAAAUUAUCUAUUGGGUACAGGGUACUGUAUUCAGAUGAUGGUUACACUAAAAGCCCAGACUUCCUCCCUACACAGUAUAUCCAUUUAACAAAGCUGCACUUGUACCCCCUACAUGUAUACAAAUAAAAAGUGAAAAAAAAACCCAUGACUUUUGGACCAAGUUAUCAGUUAGUUAUUAUUAUUCUGUAUAUUGUCCAGGUAUAUUCUCAGUAUUUUCUUUUUUUUUUUUUUGAGACGGAGUCUUGCUCUGUUGCCCAGGCUGGAGUGCAGUGGUGUGAUCUUGGCUCACUGCAAGGUGUGCCUCCUGGGUUCACGCCAUUCUCCUGCCUCAGCCUCCUGAGUAGCUGGGACUAUGCACCCACCACCACACCCGGCUAAUUUUUUUGUAUUUUUAUUAGAGACGGGGUUUCACUGUGUUAGCCAGAAUGGCCUCCAUCUCCUGACCUCGUGAUCCGCCCGCCUCGGCCUCCCAAAGUGCUGGGAUUACAGGCGUGAGCCACCGUGCCUGGCAGCAUUUUCUUUUAUGUGACCUUUUUUGGUAUAUACAUUUUAUGCUUGUAUAUGUCUAAUUUUUGAGUUUCACUAAAAAAGGCUGAAUCUAAGAUAUCAUUGUUGGCCUUGCUAGCUAGUACAUUUUUAUAUUGAUAGAGUAACUUUUUUUGCUAUGUCAGUGUUUUGUGUGGGCCUGUUUGAAUAUCAGUACUUCUUCCUCAUGAACUAGAGUUAACUUAGUCGGGCAGUAAGGAACCUCUUGACAUUUUGACUUUGAAGAAACAUUGUUUUUCCUGUAGUGUUUUAUACUGGGUAGUUUAUAUAGGGUUGUUAUUAAAAUUGGAUUCUUCAUUUUUUUCCCUGUAAGUUUUAACAUGUCAUUUAGUGAAUGUAAAGUUAUGCAAAACGUUUAUAUUAAAUAGACUUGUUAGGUAUGUCUUUCCUAUCUGCUAAAUGAUUCCUACUGAGAGUGUUAAUAUUCAAAUAUUCAUUUAUGAUGUCUGUUAUUCAGGAAUGUAGCUAUUAGUACCAUAGUCUUCAUUGUUGAAUGAUCGCUGUUAAAGAAUAUAUUACAUAAUGAUAUUUUGCAGUAGUGAAUGUAAUAUAUUAAUUUUCUUCUUUCCAUUUCCUUUUUGUAUUAAAGGAAAAGUUCCAAGAUAUAAGGAAGUAGGUCAUGGUAUCUAUAAACUGCUGAGGAACUGAAGUAUAUAUUAUGAAGUAAAGACUGAAGCUCAGUUGCCCUCUAGGGGUUCAGUUUUAACACAGCACAUGUAGAAAUAAUUUACUGAGAUCUUGGGGGAAGGGUAGAUCUGCUGAAUGUGGGAGCCUAUUUUUCAUUUUCUGUUAGAGCCUGACUGUGCAUUAAAAAGCUGGUUUUGAUUAUUUAUUGCAAAAGAGAAGAGUGUAUCCCAGUUUUGUAAUACACAGACAGUUUAAUGAAACAUCCUUUUUGUUUGCUUAAUUUUAAAGUCAGGGCUUUUGUGCUGGAAUAAUCCAACCAUCAACACAUUUUCAGGUAUUAUUUGGUGACCAAUUCUCAGAUUCUUUCUAACACUCUUUUGUCUUCUCAAUGUC